GCAGCAAAGCAUCAUGGAUGUUCUGAAGAAGGGGUUCUCCAUCGCCAAGGACGGCGUCGUGGCCGCCGCAGAGAAGACCAAAGCUGGCGUGGAGGAGGCCGCCGCCAAGACCAAGGAGGGGGUCAUGUAUGUCGGAAACAAGACGAUGGAGGGCGUGGUGACCGGCGUCAACACAGUGUCCCAGAAGACGAGCGAGCAGGCCAACAUCGUGGCCGACACCACCAUUUCCGGGGCCAACGAGGUUGCCCAGGCAACGGUGGACAGCGUGGAGAACGCCGCCUUAUCCACUGGAUUCGUCACUGUGAAACAGGAGGAGGCGGUACCGGCGACCGAGGAGACUGACGCUCCAAAAUCCCAAGAUGGUGGAGAACGCACCGAACAAGCUGCUCAGUAGAUUUUCCCAUUAUCUCGGUCACGGGAAUCCACAAAGUUUUGUCUCUUUUGCUUCCUUUAGCGUCACGUUCGCCAGUCAGCAGUCACUUCCUGUUUCUCCCCGUCCAAUGAGGAGAAAGAAGACCAAGCCCCGCCUUUCCCCUUGUGUUGUCAUGGCUACACUUGCUCAGCAUUCCCGCCCUCACGCCACGCAGCUCUCGGCUGAUUGGUCGGUGUGUCGUGUGACGUCACUCAGGCGCAACUCUGCUGCCUCAAGCGUUCAAUCGCAGGGCUGCAAGUCAGAAACGCAGCCGAUGCCCUUUACCGUGCAUGUCGCUUUGCCAACAACACACACAACAUUCAUUCAUCACUAAACACUCUUAACACACUUACCUGCAGUCUCUGUCUCUGAUAUUAACCGAGCUUCACUGCUACUUUUAUAAAACGAUAGAAAGGAAAUAAAGAUACCUCAAACAUC